GGAGUCGCAUUACUGCGCGUCGUCUGCAAGAUUAGAAGUUAAAAUGUAGUUUAGAUGGCGGGUUUAACGAAGUUUGUUCGUGGUUUCAAAGGACCAAAUCCUGAGAUAGUGAUAGGACAACAAUUUAAUAACAAGGAUGACCCUUUUAGACUGGGGAAGAUUGUCAGUGGAGAUUCUCUGGGUUUUUCCCUGCAUGAUGCAGCAAUAAGAGGAAAUGCCAAACAGUUGAAAAGCGUACUCAAACGAGGUAUAUAUGUGGACUACCCCAAUGAUUCGGGACAAACACCACUUUUCUGUGCAUGUUAUGCAAACCAAGAAAGAGCUGCUGAAAUACUUCUUAAAAAUGGUGCCAACCCAAAUGAAAAAAGUAAUGAUGGCACAACACCAGUACACGCCACAUGCUACAAUGGAAACAUCAACUUGUUGGUAUCGCUCAUCAAGGCUGGGGGAGACCUCCGACUCCAUGAUAAAGAUGGGAAGACUGCGAAUCACUGGGCUGAUCUUCAGCCUGAUGCAGUCAAACGUUUCAAGAUGAUGGAAUUUUUAGAGAAGUCUCAUCUGUUUGCCAUGACUCACAGUGGUGGAGACUUGUCACAGAAACUCCGUGCACAAGCAUCAAACAUUGAAAAGAAAAGAUCUAUUUUUGAGAUGAUAAGGAAAAAAGUAGAAAAGGUCCCUUCAUUGACCUUUGAUCCUUUGAGACGAGUAAACAGCACAGGGUUUGGAUGUGUUUAUGUAGGAAAUGAUGACCAAGGGGCAAUAGUUUCAACUAUUCCAUUAGUUAGUGAAUCACAACUUCAACACGAUCCCCAUGGCAUAACAUAUCAAAAUGGUGCAUUCUUAGCUAUGGAAAGCAUGACAUGGAACCAUAGUGCAGUUACUGUCAAACGACUUCAACAAGAAUCUCAGCCCGGAGCAUAUAUAGAUUUGCUUAUUAGUGAAAUGGGAAAUAUGGGUAAAAUCCGACAUCAAAAUAUUUUGCUGUUGAUGGGUGUUUGUCAAACAAACAGUCUUGACAGUAUGGUGCUGGUGUUUGAACGAGUUGGAUUGGGUUCACUUUACUACUACCUACAUCAAAGGUUGGAGAGGCUUCCAACUCAAAAUAUCCGUGACAUACUUCUACAGAUUUGCAGUGCUUUAGUUUUCAUACACAACCAGAAUUUUAUUCACUGCAGCCUGUCAUCUCAUGCUGUAAACCUGGUCAAUCCUUAUCUGGCCAAAAUUGGCAAUUUGGAGUAUAUGAUUGAAAGCACUAAAGCAAGAAUGGGCAAGCAGAGUAAUGUUUCUGUCAGCGUGACCCAGAAUUCUAUGUACAACUGGAUGGCACCAGAGUUAAUGUUGAACCAGCCACCAUCUCAGGCUUCUGAUAUCUACAGCUAUUGUUGCAUUAUCUGGGAAAUGUUUGAAUGUGAAGUUCCAUGGGACAUGCGUGAUUCAGACUACAUCAAAAAUAAACUGACAAAAGAAAAGGUUCCUCUUAAAAUGGAGAACAGUAAGAUUCCACAGCCUUUCAAGGCCAUCGCUGACUAUGGGUUGCAUUUGGAUGCACAAAAUAGGCAAAUUACUUUUGAGCAGAUCAACCAAUGGAUUUGUGCACCUCCUGACCAGGUCACUAUUCCUGACUUGCCAUCUGUCAGUGAACCUAAACCAAAAAGAAAAAUAAUCUCAGUCAGUCCCGAAGACUUCAGUAGUGAAAUAUCAACAAGUGGCGGCUCGCAGAGCCCAAAAUCACCAGCCAAGAAAUUUGCUGUUGAUAAUAUGGGUAACACUGUAAACUCGAAGUCCAGUGAUGGGAAAUCGUCCGAGCAUUCAUCACUAAAACAAAGGUAUGAGGCAACAAUUCCACCAGAAACCUCCAGGAACUCCGACCAGGCGUCAAUACAUUUGAAUGAAAACCAUAAUUAUGGACCUUGGGAUAUGCAUGAGCAAUGGAUGAUCAGUUAUCCGAAACCUGAUUCAAGCACUGAAUCUCUCACUCAGGAUUCUGGCUCGGAGGAUGAUUAUUAUGUUGAGAAGUAUUACAGUCCACCAAAACCUUGUUACCAGGCAGAUAAAAGUGGCUACAAGUUCACACGCUUCUGUACUGACAAAAGCGAUUGGACGUGUGAAAUUAAACAUAGACAGGAAGGAGAUCGAUUUGGUUAUGCUGCCGAAAUACAUAAGGUGGUUAAACCAGAAAACAAAGUGAAAUCAAUUCUGUAUGCUGAAGUUGAAGGAAUUAAGAAAAGAGAAGCUGAACUUAUGGAAUCACACAAUACAUCACCAGUGCUUCCAUACAAACCUCAGAUAUUUAGCUACAUGUCGCUGAACAGAGAGACUGGCGAUCGAAACAGUUGUGUGUGUAAACCUGCCACUCACUGUGUAGAACCCAGUCCCCCAAAAAGCAACAGUUUGAAACUGUCGUCCGCUGGUAGUCUGUACGCACUGUACAAUGCUGGAAGCACCCAAGAUGAGAUUAUGAGACAGCAUUUGAGUCCAUCAUUACCACAGAUUUGCAAAAAAAUGCAUGAUAGCUUAUUUUCAACAUCCCUUGAUGAAACAGAUGAUUCUAGUGAUGAGGAUGAGAAAGGUUUCAGUGAGCAGCAACAGAAACAGUGGUCCAAACCUGACCCGACAUGGUAUGGAGGUAAAGGCAGUGUUAAAAAUCUGGUCAAUGUCUUUCAGGAUCACGUUGAAGAUCAUCUCUACCAGCAGUCGGUUCUCCAAGGAGUAUUAGCAUCAUGUCCUACCAAACAUGACAGUGGUGACCAAAAGCACAUGUUUCACGAAAAAAUGUUUGCACCAAAUGAUUUCACAAAGAACAAUAUUGAGGACCAAAUGAACGAAAUGGAUCUAGCAUCAGACGAAAUGUCUAAACAGCCUGAAGCACUAACAAAAUCAUUUGCUGAAGAAAAAAGUAAAGAAAUUGAGUUUCCAUAUUACCUUUCUGGAUCUUUUGAGUGUUCAAUGGAACAUGAAUCAGACAUGGCCUGCCAAACAGAGAGUGAUCUGUAUGCAACAUGCACAGAUAUGGACUCUGCCAAUGACAGCUCAGCAGACGCCCAGUCAGAAUGUCCUGAUCUGACCAUUGUAACAAACACCACAGCCACUCCCACCUCAAGUACAGAUUCUAUGUCUGAAUCUUGCAUCAGCGUUGACUCAGUUUUGCUUGAUGCAUGGAUACAUGAAGAACUUGAGAGACUUCUACAGGAAUUGAUAAAGGAACAAGCUGAAAAGUUGAGAGUUGAGAAUUUUUCCCCAAAAAUGUUUUAUCAUCUGGAUGGAAAUAAUGAAGAAACUACAAAAGAAAUUAUAAAAAAUUUAGAAGUUUCUGCUUUGGAAGAUAAAAAUGCUAAAAGACAAAAUGUAAAUAUUGAAGAAUGGAACUGUUGUGAUACAGUUAAUCCAGCUGUCUGUUGUGAAUAUAAUCAUGAUAAUCGAGAAUGGGACAAUCAUUUUGCAACUAAGCUGGAUCCUGAGGAGAACACACAAACUGGAAGUGAAAUAGCAGAUCAUCCAUAUAAAAGAUCGAUGAGAGAGAGUGAUGGAAGUUUACUGAAAGAAGUCAUGGAGGAAUUAUCUAGAUCACAGGCAAAACGUAAAGCCCGGCAGAGGAUUCAAAGGAAUGAAUUUGACUUACAAGAAUACUACAUAGAUGAUGAUGACAUUGAAAAGAGUGGUUUGAAACUAGAUGGUGCUAGACAACAAUGGGCAGUGCCAAGACCGGCCUCGGAACCAGGAAUGAGUAACAGAUCCGAGAAGUCUGUUACAUCAAGGAAUAUUCCAAGAACCAGAGAAGUUAGCUGUGGCAAUGACCGAGUUACACCAAACAUCUGUCCAAAACCAACUAUUGCUCGAACACACAGUGAAAGAAAGGCCAAACAUAAGUCCAAAGGAUACACCACAACAGUUACGGUUGCAUCAAGUCUAGACAGACCAGGCGAGCAUAAGCUGAAACACACAGCAACAGAUCUCGACACUGGGGAAAUGAAAACCCUUCAUGAACAGAGGAUCCUCGCUCGUUCUGUCAUCUCCACAAUCAAUCCACAUUAAAUAUAUCAUUUUAUUAACUAAUAAGUCGCAUUGAUGUUCCUGUAAAAUUGCAUUUGAAAACCAGGGUCUUACAGCUUUAAUCAUAGCAUUUUAUUAACUAAUACGAUGCACAGAGGUUCCAGUAAUAUUGUAUUUGAAAUUCAGUGUCUUAUAUUAAUUAAUCCACACUUUUUGGGCUAAACAUUAAUUUUUUUUUUAGCAUAGCAUUGAUUAGAGUACUGGUUCUCACUGUUAUAAUAUUCAAGCUUGGUAUAACCAUAUUACAUGAGUCUGUCCAUUACUGAUGCUGCCAAUCGUGCUAGCGACUACCAUUUAUAAUACUAAGUCAGCAUUAUAUAGUCGUGACUUUUACUCCUUUUUUUUUCUGCUUCAAUCAUGCUGCCGACCACCACUUGCAAUAGUCAUCAAUUAUUUAUUUUUUUAAGCAGAACCCUUGCAUUGGUGAGAAUUAUGGAAAUGCUAAUUUUUUAAUAAAAAACCCAAACUUUAUUAUCACUUUUUAACAAAUUUGUCAGUCUAUAUUUUGUGAACUGAUCCAUUAACGAACGACCAACAAUAUUUAUGCAAUACGUCUAUAUAUGUGGUAUGGUACCUCCAUAUAAUGUGUUGGUUUUGGUUUUUAUUAUUAUUUUUAUUUUAUUUUAUUAUAAUUGUUAUUAAUAUUAUUUGUAAUUUGUUUAGGUUUUGUUUUGGUUUUAUAAUCAUUUAAAGCCUACAUUAAUCAUACAGUAAUGAUAAGGUGUUAUACCCAAAUAAUAUAUUUAGGGAAUGGCAGAAAUGGUAUCCUCCCAUUUGUUACACAUCCCAUUUCUAACGCACCUUAUAACAACAGGUCAUGGUCGAGUGAACUGCAAAUCCUGUACCUUCUACCUAGUAUGCAAUAAUGGACUCGCCUUGCUUUUAACAAGACACAAGAACAGAACAUAUAUUCACAUUUAUUUAUUACAAAUUAUCUAUUUACUAUGUGAUGAUAGAGAAUCUGUACGUGUAGCUGAUGUACUGUAAAUUGGAAUAAUAUUGCUCACGGCUUCAGUUAUUAACAAUUAAGACCGUUUAUGAAGUAAAACAAUACGCUUGGAUUUUUUAGUUUAAAACACGCAUUAUUUCCCCCGAUUUACAGUAUGCACAUCAAUUUAGAAAUGCAUACAUGCAUUAUGUACCAUUGUGAUUGGUUUGAUGGAAUAAAGUUGAAUUGGAUUGAACAGUUGAAUUGGACUAAACUGUUCCACUGUUAUAGGGGUUUGCUUAAUUAGUCCCCAAGCCGACUGUAAGAACUGAGAAUAUGCAGGUGUGUAACAAAUGGGAGACAACCGCAGAAACACUGGUUGCUUUUUUCUUUGUUUUUUUUAAAACAUGUAUAUUGUACAAACAAAUAUAUAAAUGUUUUAUAUAAACAACAAACAACUGUUUACAACCACUGAUUAAAUGAAACGAACAACAAAUGUAAUCAGAAACAUUUUAUUUCCAAACAUGCUAACAAUUUGUUGCAAAUGCUUACAGAGGACUACUGUAAAUAUUUGAGGCAGAUUGUUGAUAACUUAUUCAUUAACAAUAUUUAUAUGUUUUUGAUUUUCAAAUAUACAAACCAAUAAAUAUGAAAAUACUCUUGAUUCAAUAAGGUUCUAUGUACAUAUAUUACAUAUCAAACAAUAAUAUUGUUCCACAUAUAUAUGCAUGCUGCCACCAGAAUAACUGCCAUGACAUUGCUAUGACAUUGAAAUACAUAAUUCAUAUGUUCCGUGAUAAAAGCUACAACAACUAACACGGAGAAUGGAUGCAUUCAUGCAGUUAUAUAGUGUAGUUGCCAAUCUUAAACUAGCCAUCUUAUUUACUACUUACAUCUGACUUGACAGAAAUUUCUUUUUUCAAGCUGAAAUUAACAACAUGAUACUAAUGUACAUUUUUUCUGUAUACCAAUUUGAAUUAUUUAACUUUAGACUAGCCAUCUUACAUACAUCUGGCUAACACAAAUUUAUAUGUAUAUAUAUAUUUAUCUCCAGUCACACUAAAAUUAACAGUGUACCAAUAUCUUACAACCUUUAUCAUUACACCAAUUUCAAUUAUUUUAUUUUGGAGAUUUUAGUAUACAGGUACCAUAGCUGUACAUAUUUUUAAAAAGUUAUUUUGUCAUACUUGGCAUCAUUUUAUCCAAUACUGCAACGGGUCCUGAAUUUCAAAAUGAGCGACAAUUGCUUUCUAUAUGUAAUUUGAUUAGCAAAUAGCAUUUAACAUUUUAGAAUUAUGUAGUCAUCUCUGAAACCUGCGUAACAAACUGCAACACAAUACUGAACAAAAUGUUCCCUGCUGGUUGGUUUUGGUCAGAUGAAGAGGUAUAUAUUAAUUGCAUAUGUUUUACUGAAAUGCAUUUUAAUUUAAGCAAAAUAAUAGCAUGUAGAUAUGAUAGGGUUUUAUUAUUUGUCUUCAGGCAACUGCCAGUUUUAUCUGUUGGUUUAUGGGCACGUUAACGUGAGGUUUUUUUUUUUUUUUUUUCAUUCUCAUUUUCCCAUUUCGAAAAAAUGGCUUAUUAAUUAAGAAUUAUAUUUCACUAACCUUUAACAGAUGUACAAUGCAUAUAUUUUCACAAUGUUAAUAAUGUAAUUGUUACAAUACUAAUAGCUUAAUGGUACUUUUCUCGUUGUAUUUUUCUUCUCUUCAAAUAACAGUUAAAAGGACUAAAGCUAAAGCACUUAGUUCAUCCAUGUUUCUGCUUUAAAAGAAUUGUGAUCUUUAAACCAACAGUUAAAACUGGUUGUAAUUACUUUAUAUAUGGUACUAAGUUGUAUUUUAUUGCAUAAUAAAUAGCUAUUCUGUUGGG